AUGGAAAACGAAGAUUGUUCACAACCCAUUAGUUCUCAAUUGCGUGAACUUCAAUCUCUCGUUUCAACAACUCCGAUGAUUAUUCUAUCAUCCUCUCCAGGAACAAUUCAGACAGAAUCCGACGCAGAAGAAAUCAGAGAGCUUUUGGUUUCAUUGAAAUCAUCUUCGAUGACAUUCCCGGUGUCGACAACACUUUUGACACCAUAUUCAUCUCCUUCGACGAAGCUAUUAGAUUUACAACUGCCUUUGAAACUACCGGAGCCACCGCAAUCAAAACAACCAAAGCAACUCAGUCUAAAUGAAUCAGUGGGGUACGUCGAUCCUUCAUCACUAUCUAUUCCGAAACAGGAGAAGAAUCAUUUCCCUUCUUGGUUUGAUUUUGCGAUUCCUCCAAAGCCACCAGAUAAGAUUGAUUUUGGGUCUUUGUGUUAUGAAACAAGUGAGUCAAAAAGAAAUACUGAAACUAGAGUCUCAUACGUUGCCCACCAUGUGUAUGUUGAUAUACCACUGCCAACCAUUCUCAAGGCUGCUAUGUUAGGUGGAGGCGGACUUAGAGAAGAAGCUCAUAAUCCCCUGUGUGGGCAUCGUGAUAAAAGUCACUUUUGGGAAUUUAUCAUACAUGGUAGUAUCCCACAUGAUUUCACAUGGGUUGCUAAGAUAUGUCAUCAGAAAUUCUUCAAAAUUUACAGAGAAUGUGAAGCGUACAGAAAAGUCAAUCUUCAACAAGAGUUUUUAAAUGUUGUCACUGUGCUCUCCGUGGCCGAUCUUAAUCUCCUGUGCAAGCGUCAUGCUAAAAGUCACUUUUGGUUCUUUACCAGCAUCCAACAGUAUUUCACACAGGCUUUCAAUUGGGCAUGCCGGCUUCAAAUCAUUCUUAUUUAUGUUUUUGAUGUCAACACCAUAUUUCUUGAUAUUGCAAAGAUACUGAACUUCGACAUCAAUGUUAUUACUUAUUCGAAAAAUUCUGUUGGUAUGGCUGAUAUUUUAGGGAUUUUGCUAAUCAUUGAAAAUAAUAAUAUUCCACAUAAUGCAUUAAUUGUUAGCUCAUGUUUAAUGGGGUCUAUUAAAUCACUACGGGAAAAACAUGAUAUCAUUGAAGGUAUGAGUAUGAUCAGCAUUAUAGACAUUAUUUUUGGAGGCAAUGCGAUGGAUUGGAUGGUGGACAAGAAUGGAGGUUUUCACACCAUUAUGUCUUCUGGAUUUUCCCAAACUGAUGUUAACUCUGUAACUCUGGUGCCUACUUCUGGCUUAGUCUGUAGUAAAACUGCAUUUAUAUUUGUUAUGGAAAAUGGUAACAACAUUAUUGGUUGGACUUUGCUUGUUAUGGUUGUUCCGUUUAAGUAA